UCCAACCGGUCGACUGCUUCGACAAAGGAAAUUUCUCGAUCAGGGCCAAACCAGCAGUUUCAUGAUUUUCUCUAGGAUGUUUUGGGAGUAUCAGACUACCUGCUAGCUGCGGUUUGAGUGUCUUGUUGACGUUGUUUAGCUGUCGUGACGCACCUCGGCUUAGACUAAUCACUAUCGCCCUUUCGCCUAUCUUAUCUCCCAUUAUGUCACAGGAUUGAGUACAUAUAAUGUGAUAGUAUAAUAUGUUAUCAACAUGAGUCAAAUCAUCGACUUCUCAGACACCUCUUCCGCUCAAACAAGAAAAAGAUGCAAGAAAGAGGGCUCGAGGUGGACUCGAUCAGGUUGCUUGACUUGCAAAAAGCGUCGAAAGAGAUGCGAUGAAACUAAGCCUAGCUGUCGCAAUUGCGACAGGCUAGGGCGAACCUGUGAAGGGUAUAGCUCAAUGUGGGCAGAACCCCUAAACCCAUCUGCGCAAGUCUUCAAACACAGUCCAGCACCGAAGCGACGGAGGAUAAGUCCAUCGCCAUCAUCGCCUGCUUACUCGGGAGGAUUUUCAGAGUCGUUGCCCUCUCCCAGCUUCACUCUAUCCACCUGUCUUUCCACUCCCUCUCCAGUUCCGUCCGAGUAUGACGGUGCUAUUGAGAUAUACUCCCCAAGCAAUACAAACCGCCAAUAUGAUGAACAUGAUGAAUCUACGAAAACUACGCACCUGGAUUACCUAUCCGUUAUCCCCAAACCCGCCAAACAUAUCAGUCACCUGUCCAAUAUCGAAACACAUUACCUCCAGUAUCACAUGGAGCAAGGCUCCAAGUUGCUAGCCAACCUGGAGAGCGACGAGAAUCCUUUACGAGCAUUGUUAAUCCCCAGGGCCCUGUCAUCGCCGCUGCUCAUGAAGGCCGUUUGUGCUGUCUCUGCAAUACACUUGGCAAAUCGCUCUUACAACAGCAUGGAUGCCCAGACAACAGCAGCCGACUACUAUAUUCGAACCAUCAAAGGGCUUCGGACAUCAAUGGCAGGGUGUUCCGCUGGUGUCUUCCCCGACGAAGCUAUUCUAACAGUUGCUCUUCUCUGCAAAUACGAAAUCGUGCGCGGAAGUGUGAAGCAGUGGGCAGUGCACCUAAAUGCUUUACAAAAACUGGUAACCGCUCGCGGAGGACUUGCCUCGCUGGAUCGAGACACGGCAGAGUUUCUAUGGGGGCUUUGUAUGUAUGCGCACAAUGUGGCCAAGAUCACUAACCGCGGACAAAUCAAUGGCACCAUAUCCAGUUCCGACACCGUCAGCAUCACGAAACUGGAUACCUAUGUCGGAUAUACCGAGGAAAUUAUCAAGAUCUGCGCGAAAAUCGCAGAUUUACCUUUCCUAGGCAGUGACUCCCUUUCCGUGGGAUUGGAAGUUAAUAUGAUAGACGAGGCCCUUCGAAACUGGACACAUACAACAACUCAGUACAUCCUACCCAAGGGAAUCACACAGGCAUGCCUUCUUCGCCUCCGCAUGGUGGCGGAUUGCUUCCGCGACGCCGCGUACAUUUAUCUCCAUUCCACCCUGGAAAAGAUGAAUCAAGACUGCAGCCAGAAACUACCCUCGACAUGGUCGAGGUUUGUUUCGCUGUCCAAGACUGAGGCCCUGCAGCGUUGCUUGGCGCGGGUUGAAUCGUUUCCACUAGACGCUCACUGUGAAUACUCUGCUCUGACAUUCCCGCUCUUCAUAGCAGGCUGUGAAAGUGAGACUUCUGCGGAGAGAGAUCUGGUCAUUCGGUCACUGAGUAGUCUGGAGAGAAAUUUUGGCAUUGGGAAUGUCAAACGAGCUAAGGAGCUAUUGACUGUUUUGUGGAAGGGGAGUGGGAUGCACUGGCUAGAUGUGCUAGAGCAAUUGCAAUGGGAUUUGAUACUGGCAUGAUGAUUCACAUGGCAGUUGGACUAGACUUUCAUUCUCUGGAUAAACUUGAAGAUACUGUAACAUAAACAUGUUUAACGAUGAUGCAUUAAUAAUUUUUAAGUAAAAAUAUCAUUCAAAGCCUGGUUGGCUGAUGUCGAGGGAAACAAAGAACAAAUGCAAACUCCAAUUAUAUUCUGUACUCCACGCUUGUGCUUUGGUAUAUCAACUCAAACCCAUAUUAACCUCGUCACCCAGUCCCAUCUCACGUUCUGCCCUCUCGGUUCCGCCCGUGGCUCGAGUACCCCAUCGGUCGAGACGAUCCUGCGCUUGAUGAAUCUCUUUAUUUCGAACGCUUACGCUGUCACUAUUCGUCCCGCUGCCAUGCAGACUUCCUUCUCGACCUGCACUGCUGCUGUGACUGGCGGCGCCGGGG